UUCGUCAGAUCAUGACGUCAGAUCAUGACGCGGCAACGCCCUCCUGCCGUCAGAGCUAAGGUCAGGGCUGACCCAGCAUGCGACAGGCGGCAAGGAGUAUCAUAAAUGGCGAUGAACAUUUCCAGAAGGUUCAGACGGACCAGCAUUGUGUUCAUGACAAUUCUUGGAGUAGUGUCUGUCGUUUAUUUAAUUUUACCCUCCCACAACUUGCCAGACCUUUCUACUUUGCAAGAAAACAAUGUCGACAUUUGCUUUGCAUGGAGAAUGGCAGACAAACGAGCCUUGUGGACUGUACCAUGGUGGGGGCGUGUUUGUGAUAUGGAAAGUGACUGGUUAAGAGGAGGGUGCACCUGCAAAAACAAAAAACAAAUGGGAAACUGGGAUGUUUGCUUUGAUGAUAACCUUGUCCCUCAGAACAACUGUUUAGUGUACUCAUUUGGCAUUCACUAUGACUUUAGCUUUGAUGAAGCCAUGGCAGCCAUAGGAUGCACCGUCUACUCCUUUGAUGACAGCAUGCUGGACACUGCUGACCACAAGCGUGGGGACCGUGUUUUCUUCCAGAGAAUGGGCAUCAGCGAUAAGGACGACGACGAUUUUGUACCCAGUGUCGAUGAGUAUGAUGAACAGCACCCUGCGGUCAACGGUUGGCCGAAGAGACGUCUGCAGACAAUCCUUGACCUCCUGGGUCACAGAAAGGAGCAGCUGACCGUGCUUAAGCUGGACAUUGAGGGCUAUGAGUGGGACGUCACUCGUGAUCUUCUUGACUCGGGGAUCUUGUCGUCCGUCCCGCAGUUUCUGGUAGAGUGGCACCUGUUUAGGGACUUUCCGCCUCGAGAACGAGUCCCUGAUGCCGUUGAUACUUACUUCCGGCUACGUGACAUGGGCUUCCAGUUUUUCCACAUCGGCAGCUUCUUCCACCCAUUACCGACCUCUUUGAGAAUGACGGCAGGAGUUUCCUACCUUAACACGAAACGAAACUGA